CGAGCAUACCGACCCGUCCACCUAAACGAGCCUAAUUCAACGGUCUCUGGGGGCACAUCUUUGUAUGACAGCCUUCUCCCCUAUAGAUCUCCGCACUUUAAUUCCCCUUUGUCAGGUCAGCUCCCGUGUAUACUUCUGUGGUGAAUUGUCUGCUAUCUCCUGACCGUAAUGGUUGUUUAUUCCUUCUACAUUUUUGACCGCCAUGCGGAAUGUAUAUACAAACGACGUUGGGUGCCCCGUCCGCCUUCGAUUAUUGGAAAAUCCUCGCGCCCAACUUCAGAAGCAUCUGCCACUCCCAAUGCAUUGCCUUCCGUGCUGGGUCAAUCUGCGCGGACUACCGAUGACGAUGCUAAGCUGAUCUUCGGCACCGUCUUCUCCCUCCGGAAUAUGGUGCGCAAAUUGGGGGGUGAGGAUGAUAGCUUCGUUACCUACCAUACCAAUCAAUACAAGCUCCAUUAUUACGAGACGCCUACCAACAUCAAAUUCGUAAUGCUUACCGAUCUCAAGAGUCCAAGCAUGCGAAUUGCAUUGCAGCAGAUCUAUAUCAAUCUUUAUGUUGAAUAUGUGGUCAAGAAUCCGUUGUCCCCGGUCGAGCAUCCAGGCGGUGUGGGUGUAAAUAAUGAGCUUUUCGAGGAGUCUUUGGAACAAUUUGUGACGCGUGUCCUGUCAUGAGAACUCGUGGACUCUAGGGUCUCCAUCAACUUGGUCGUCUGUGCCUCUUCGAAGUGGACGGAGAAGCCAAUCGUGCAGUAGACAUGUGAUCAACUUGUCGGGUAUCUACAGAAAGAGAAUUCGAUAGAUUCCGGGGUUAGCGUUCCUCGCUUCUCCCAAGGCAGCGCCAUGAAAGACGCAUCACAAAUAUGCGUAGCCUAACCCGGAAAUUACUAUCAACCCGGAAGGGUCGUCCUACGGCUAGUAUCUUCCAAGAAUCUCAAGGCGCGAGGGCUGUGUCAUAGCCGUGUUGCUAAUGCACCUGUGUGAUAUGCAUCAGAUUACUAGAUGCAAACUAUGGGUUAGAGGAUGAUAAUCAGCUCUCUCAGGCUCUGUGGCGGCUGAUUUCACACUAUGCGAUUGUCAAGUACCAAAUCAAUAACCAUGCAACUAAAACAAUAUUUGUUUGUCGAGUACAUUAUGGCACAGUACAUUGCCCACGGUUUCACUUGAGAUGAAUUACACGUCAGGCCUUUAAUGAUUUAAAGCAUUAGAAAAUUCCACCCGUGGCAGAUCUUCCAGACUGUCCAUAACGAACAUCCUCGGGUAGAUCGUCCUCAUCACGUCCUUCACUAUAU